UCUUGCUAGCAGAGAGACUUGGAAAACAGGCAGUUAUUCAGAGUGUGGACCAUUUGAGGAAGGGCUGGAGGCUGCAUCACAGCACACCCUCAGCUUUGCUGUCCCUGGCUCCAGACUAGCUGGCUUCUCAGCCCAUGUCCCCACCUUGAAAACUGGACUCACUGUGCCUGGAACUAGACACAGGUCUUCCCAUCUUUAUAGGAUCACCGGUUCAUGUGCAUAAAUCCCCAACACACUAUAUAUUCCUUUACCAUCCAGGAGGUCACUGCUCCCAGAGCCCACUUGGGAACUAUCCUAGAAACCCAGUUGGUGGCCCAAGGCCCCAACCCAGCUGUUCCAGGGCCCUUCCUACUCCCCAAAACAGAAGCACUUUUCUGGGAAACAGCAGAGAGAACGUAGGCCAUGGCUUGUGAACUGACUUUCCUAUUGUGUAUCACAUCCCCCAAUUGUCUAACAAGUUCCUGAGAAUUAACCCUAAUUCUGUCUAAGCUGUUCCACCCACCCUCACCCCCACAAGGGCUUGGGCAGGAGCUGGCCAAGCUAUGCUUGCAUUUUCCUGUGGCUGGUGGCUCCCAGGAUCAGUUCUACCCAUGUUUCCCAUCAACAUACAUCAGAAAUUAGACACAGGGUGUGGGCCUCCAUCCAUGUUCUUCGCUGGCUCUCAAGUGUUAGGGGCAGGCCUGCCAACCUGUGUUCCAGGAGGCACAUCACAUCCAGGGUGGACUAUAAGGAGGCCCGUCAGGAGGUUGCAGCUUCGUGGUCCGCGGCCGGUCCCGCGGGAGAUGGCCCCGGGGGCGCCCACAUUGCUGCUGCUGUGGCUGCUGUGGUUCCCUGGCUUCCCGCCCCGCGCUGUCGGCUGCCCAGCCGCCUGCCGCUGCUACAGCGCCACGGUGGAGUGCGGCGCCCUGCGGCUUCGCGUCGUCCCGCCCGGAAUCCCACCCGGGACGCAGACGCUGUUCCUGCAGGACAACAGCAUCGCGCGCCUGGAACCGGGCGUACUGGCGCCUCUCGCCGCCCUGCGCCGUCUCUACCUGCACAAUAACAGCCUGCGCGCCCUGGAGCCAGGCGUCUUCCGCGCGCAGUCACGCCUGCUAGAGCUAGCGCUCACCGGCAACCGGCUACGCGGCUUGCGAGUUGGCGCUUUCGCGGGCCUGGCCCAGCUGCGUGCACUCUACCUGGCUGGUAACCAGCUAGUGCAGCUGCUGGAUUUCACCUUCCUGCACCUACCGCGACUGCAGGAGCUGCACCUGCAGGAAAACAGCAUUGAGCUGCUGGAGGACCAGGCCCUGGCUGGGCUUUCCUCACUAGCACUGCUGGACCUCAGCAGGAACCAACUGGGCACCAUCAGUCGUGAGGCCCUACAGCCCCUGGCCAGCCUGCAGGUCCUGCGCCUCACAGAGAACCCAUGGCGCUGUGACUGUGCCCUGCACUGGCUGGGAGCAUGGAUCAAGGAAGGGGGCCAGCGGCUGCUCAGCUCCAGGGACAAGAACAUCAUGUGUGCAGAGCCCCCGCGCCUGGCACUUCAAAGUCUCCUGGACAUAUCUGGCAGUAGCCUCAUCUGCAUCCCGCCCUCUGUACACGUGGAGCCGCUGGAGGUGACGGCCAACCUGGGUGAGGACCUGCGCGUUGCCUGCCAGGCUUCCGGCUACCCGCAGCCCCUGGUGACCUGGAGAAAGGUGGCCCAGCCUCGUGAAGGGCAGCCACGGGCCCAGAUCCAGCCAGAAGGCGGGGCACCGCGCCCAGGCGGGCCCGGCGCCUCUGACACGGGCAGCGGCAUGCUCUUCCUCACCAACAUCACCCUGGCCCACGCUGGAAAGUACGAGUGCGAGGCUUCCAACGCCGGCGGCGCCGCCCGCGUGCCCUUCCAGCUCCUGGUCAACCUGUCCCAGCAGCAGCAGCUGCAGCUGGCGCCCCCGCCGCCUCCGGCCGCCGGCCCCGUCAGCCACGAGCCCCUGCAAGAGGCCGGCAGCAUGGCCUUCCGCGCCCUGGGCCUGGCCACCCAGACGGCCAUCGCGGGCGCCAUCGCGCUCCUUACGCUCACGGCGCUGCUGCUGGCGACCAUGAUCUGCCGCCGGCGGCGCAAGAGAAAAAAGGCGCCGGGACUGCCGGGGGAGGGCGCGCUGUUCGUCAACGACUAUUCGGACGGGCCCUGCACCUUCGCGCAGCUCGAGGAGCUCCGCGACGAGCGAGGCCACGAGAUGUUCGUCAUCGACCGUUCCAAGCCACUCUUCGCCGAGGGCCCGACGGAGGCUGCCGAUGGCGCAGCAACCGGGCCGGCGCAGGGCCUCCCGCUGCAGCCGCCGGCAGCCUACGAGAUCCACUGCUGAAGAGUGCGGCCCAGAGGGGCGGGCGGGCGGGCGGGCGCUCGCUGAUGACGUAGUCUUCGCGGAUUGGCAGGCCCGCGGGCUCGCCCCGCGCAUGCUCCAGCGCAGUCAGUAAAGGGUAAAAGCUGCGCAGUG